AUGUUUAGAAUCGGGGCAUUGAUAUUAUUGCAAGAAGAGGAGGAAAUACAACAACAACGAAUUGUUCGUCGAGAUUUGCGAGACUCAUCUAAUCCCUUAGAGAUGCCGGACACAUUAUUUAUCCAACAUUAUAGAGUGAAUAAAGCAGCCUUUACAUACAUUCUGGAUACUCUUACUAAUUUUUUGCCGGCAGCAAAAAAAUCAUUUGGUAUUCCGCCAAUCAUAAAACUUAGUGCCUGUUUACGAUUUUUUGCCGAGGGCGGAUACCAAAAAGGGGUUGGAAGAGACUAUGAAGUUGGAAUGGCACAAUCAACUAUUUCUGAGGUACUCUCAAAAGUGUUGGACGUUUUAGAGCAGAGUCUCUGUGAUCAGUGGAUAACUUAUCCAUCGGAAGAUGAAAAAAGAGUUACUUCUCAGGAAUUCUACCGCAAAUUUGGAAUACCCGGUAUUGUAGGAUGUAUAGAUGGAACGCACAUCAAUAUUGUAGCCCCAAACAAAAAUAAUCAUUUAUACUAUAACCGUAAAGGAAACUACAGCUUGAAUGCCACACUCAUAUGCGAUAGUAAAAUGAGAAUUCGAUUUGUUGAUGCCACACAUCCCGGAGCCUGCCACGAUUCAUUUGUGUGGAGUACAAGUUCCUAUAGAAGAACAAUGCAAGAAGACUAUUUACGAAGAGGUUCCCGUGUAUGGCUAUUAGGUAAAAUGUAUCCCUUGGAGCCUUGGUUGUUAACGCCAUAUAGAACACCUGCAUCUGCUUCUAUUGAACAAAAAUUUAAUGAUGUCCAUUCUAAAUGCAGAAACAUCAUUGAGAGAACAAAUGGAGUGUUAAAAAAUAGAUGGAGGUGCUUGCUUGGUGCUAGAGAGCUACACUAUGAACCAAAGAAAGCUGUCAAAAUAAUAAACGUUUGCGUAGCAUUGCAUAAUAUCUGCAUUGCUUAUAAGUGCGAAUAUAAUAACAGUAUUAUAUCUGACCUAGAAGAAACUGAACUUUUUAUUCUAGAAAGCGGAAAUACAACUGAACGCGAAAGAUAUCUGGCCUCUGCCCAACGCAUCCGUUCUAAUAUAGCGAACUCGUUAUAA